UCAUCUUCAGUCAUUUCUCCCUCGAAUUUGUCUUGAUAUCAACGAACCACAAACCGUUUUCUCAUUUAACUUUUUCUUCACUCUUCACUCUGUCCUAUCCACCAGUGUUCUCUCUGCUUAUCUCUUUGCAAACAUCAAACACUUCCCCAGAAGCAAAAUUUUAAAGGGCUGAAAACUCAACAAUGGGUCGUUUCUGGGCUUUGCUCACAAACCUUCAUUCAUUAGCUGGACCUGUGGUGAUGUUGCUGUACCCCUUAUAUGCGUCGGUAAUAGCUAUAGAGAGCCCGGCCAAGGAUGACGACGAGCAGUGGCUUGCAUAUUGGAUUUUAUAUUCGUUGCUAACUCUGACGGAGAUGGUGCUCCAAUCAGUCUUAGAGUGGAUACCAAUUUGGUACUCAGUGAAGCUGCUGUUUAUGGCAUGGCUGGUUCUACCACAGUUCAGGGGUGCAGCUUUCAUAUACGAAAAGUUUGUGAGAGAGCAAAUCAAGAAAUACGGAAUUUUGAGAGAACAUCAGGGUCACCAUAGCGGUUCUCCAAAUGGGAAAGGCAAGAAGAAAUUUGUGCAGUUCAUCGUCCCCAAGAAAGGGGAGCAAGAGGCUUACUGAAGAAGAAGAAGGUAGCCUCGGUUGCUGGGAUCUUUAUGUUCCUUGCUUUCCACUUCAGCUCUGAUUGGUGAUUUCUCUUUGAUGGUUGUAAAUGCUUACCCCUUGGACAAGUGUAUGGCUUGCAGGAACCUUGACACGUAAUGAUUAAGAAUGAGAUUAUCAAAGCUUUGAUUGUCUGUGAGUUAA